UGCUUGGAGCACUGAAACUUGACCACACUAUGCCGUUAUAAAUCAGGUCAUAGCAAUGUCAUUGACGUUUCUAGGGCGGAGCGUACUCCGCAGGCCGCUGUUGUCCAGCCUGGCCGCGACAGGCUCAGCGGACAUAGGAUCGCUACUGACUCAGAACAGUAACCUGACUGCGACCUCCAACUCUGGAAGUGACUACAAUUCGCGCCCAGGUCCUGAUGCAGCCUCGGGGCCAUCGGACAACCUCGGCGAGCCGCUGCUCAAUCGGUUUAGCUUACACAACAGUGCGCUCCUGCGCAUCGGCUUGGAGCAACCAGCGCCCCAGCCAUUCGCCGCUGCGCAAGCGGCUGACCGGCACGCAGCGGCACCCACUGCGCUCUUCCGGCUCCCCCACGGGCACGCCUUUAUCGGCCUCGGUGAUGCGGAGCCGCGCGGGGCUGCUGGGAGCACGGCUUGGAUCCAAGCUUUCAACAGUAUUGUGGAGGCGCCGCUGUCCGCCCCACCCGCGACAGACGCGGCGGGCGGCGAGGUGAUGCAGUGCAUCAGCACCAAGACGUGGCGGCGACUCAAAAUGAAGAAGCACAAGAUUCGGAAGCGGCGGCGGCUUGUACGCCAUCAGGCCAAGAAGUAGUUAGCGCAGAUAGGAUUCAGAAAGUGGUGUUAAUGGCUUGUUGACGGCCGAACUAUGACCGGCUGCCGUGAAGCCGCGGUGCGUGCUGAUCUCGCACCUGCGAUGCCCGCUGAACCCGCCCACGUGGAGGGGUGUGCAUUUGCGGCACGCGCAUGCGGGGUUAAGGGCCAGUUACAGGAGCAGUGGAAAGCCGCCACUGAGCUAGAGACCAUGCUGGUAUUGUGCUAGGAUUGCAUGUGGAGUGGCGGCGUUUACGGUGGCGACCGUCCAACGGAACAUUCGUGAUCUGUGUGUGGGAGUGCGCCCUGGACUCUGGAGGUGCUGCGGCACCCGGAACACAGCGUAGCGGAGCCGAUCCAAACCUGUCAGUGUCUGCGUCGGCUUCAUGGAGCAUGGGCGUGGACGGAUAUGGGCGUGGACGGCGGCUGGAAGUAUUUGGAGCCUCGUGCAGUCGUUUCCGCAGCUGCAGGAAUGGUAGACACAUAGGGCUGCGCUUUUAUAGAACAGCCAGGGGCUUGCGCUGGCGCCCACUAUUUCGUGUUUGCGUGCUGUCUUUUGCGAUUGCAGAUGUGACAAUGAACAGUACGGCGGCGUGCAUUUGUAUCCUGGCAAGUGGGUGCACGCCACGGGUGCACGCAGCACAUCCGGAUGCUCAUUAUCUGCAUGCGGGAAACACCAGGGGGCGCAUGUGGGCACACACUGCUAACUUGUAAAUAGCGCACCAUGGGGCCCGAUGCAAUCGCAAAUACGGCACGGUAUGCGGUAGUUGAAUUGCUCCUGAAAGCUGCAGUGAGGGAGAUUGGUAGGGUCCCGUACGUGGGCAUCCGCCUGUUGAGGUUGGGUCGCCUGCUUGGAGCGGGUGCGGGUGUGGCGCUGUCGCAGGUAUCAAGGCUUGGGGCGCACUUGGCUCAGGUUGCCCUGUGUGCUAGGACCGUUCAUAUGCAUGGUUAGAGGGCCCACCGUCCCGACUGGCGGCUGGCCCGAGGGGAGUGCCAGUCGGGGGAGGGGUGCCAGUAGGUGGCGCCGCCGCAUACGGUAAUACGACCCCGGCCUUGACCAUUUUGCUCCUGAUGCCGCCAUGCCUGCUCGAGACAUUAUCACAUGCGCUGACUCAUGGCAGCAUAGGCAGUUGCGCGCUAAAGAUGUUGCGGGUUUAGGACAGGGCAGGGUAUGCAAAGCGUGCGUCCAGACCGGGCAAGUGCAUGAACAUCUGUGUCUUGAAGUGCCUGAGCUGCGUGCAAGCGAAUCCAUCAAUCAGUCUUGACACACGUGACUCCUGCCGUUCUAAAGAGUCAAUGCCUCAAAAACCUUACAAGUGUAACGCUGGAGAGGC